UAUUUGCAAUCGUCUUCUCCAUUUUCGCAUGUAGUUUCUGUGUGUAUUCUAGCUGGCACUACUCCACCAAAGCCGAUUCACAUCUGAUACAUGUAAACACUUAGUUUAGUAGAAUUUACUUUGUUACUUUAAAAAAGUCAAAUAUGGCUGAUGAAAACGAAAAAAGUCCCGUCUCAGCUGACCACGAGGACUCUUCUGCAAGAACUGAUCCAUCCAAUGACCGACCACGGGAUGGAAUCGCCAGGAUCAAACCACAGUUUUUAGUUAAAAAGACCAAAGUAGACAAGCCAGUCCAGCCACCAAUGGAUAAUGAAAAAAGYACAGAAAGUUUAGAAGAAAGCAAAAACUCUGAACAUGUUGAUGAACCUCCUCAUAAGAAAAGAAAAGGAAAACGUGGAAUGAACAAAAACCGACCSCGGCAGCCACGUCCUGAUCAUACCUCCAAACUAUGUUCAUUUAUAGCUAAUGGCGARCAGUGUUUAAGAGGAGAUAAAUGUUUUUAUGGGCAUUCCAUGGAGGAAUAUCUCAAAAACAAGCUCCCUGAUAUAGGUGAUGAUUGUGUAGUGUUUAGAAAAUUUGGUAAAUGCCCAUAUGGUAUAAACUGCCGGUUUAGCAAAUGCCAUGUUGAUGAGAAUUUUAAAAGCAUUGUAGAUGAGGAGCUAUGCUCAAAAAUGGAAAACUUGAAAACUAAAGAUACUUUAAGAAAGGAUUUACAAGUUUCUUUGAGAAAAAAGCAAUAUUUAUUUCCAAGAGCAGAGAAGUAUUUGUCGACAUUAAAGAAACAAUUUAAAGGUGCAACUCAGAAGAAUGUUGGCUCUAAGCCUAUUGGUAGUAUAACAGAUGAGGAUGUUGUCAGACUUAGGCCAAAUGAAAAGAAAAAGAUAAACUUUGCUGACCAGCUUUUCUUGGCACCCCUAACUACAGUUGGUAACCUUCCAUUCAGAAGAAUAUGCAAACAAUAUGGAGCUGAUAUAACUUGCAGUGAGAUGGCUAUGUGUACAACAUUGCUUCAGGGUCAACAAUCAGAGUGGGCUUUAUUAAAAAGGCAUCAUACUGAAGAUAUUUUUGGUGUCCAGAUUUGUGGAUCAUUUGCUGAUAGUAUGACCAAGUGUGCUGAGCUACUGCAAAAUGAAGUUUCUUUGGAUUUUGUAGACAUUAAUACAGGUUGUCCAAUUGACUUGGUAUUUAACAAGGGUGCAGGAUCUGCUUUGAUGGAAAGAAAAGGUAGAUUUGAAGAAAUAGUCCRUGGAAUGGUUGAUGUAUUGGAUGUCCCAGUCACAGUGAAAAUGAGAGCUGGUAUCCAUGACAACAAGAAAACCUGGAAUGCACAUAAGCUGGUCCAUAAUGUCAGUGCAUGGGGUGCAUCAUUGAUUACAGUCCAUGGACGGUCAAGAGAACAGCGCUAUACCAAGUGUGCAGACUGGGAAUAUAUCCAUUCAUGUGCGGAGGCUGCAUCACCUGUUCCAUUGUUUGGAAAUGGUGAUGUAUUGUCGUAUGAGGAUGCAAUGUUGAGACGUGAGCAGACAGGUGUAUCUGGUCUUAUGAUUGCUAGAGGAGCYCUUAUUAAACCAUGGAUUUUCACUGAAAUAAAGGAAAAAAGGCACUGGGACAUAUCAUCUCAAGAGAGAUUCGAGAUGUUGAAAGAAUAUGUUAAUUGUGGUCUUGAGCACUGGGGAUCAGACACACAGGGUGUAGAAAAUACUCGGCGUUUCCUACUUGAGUGGCUAUCGUUUUUAUGCAGGUAUAUUCCUGUUGGAUUAUUAGAGCGACCACCACAACAUAUCAAUGAACGUCCACCACUUUACCAAGGACGAGAUGACUUGGAAACUCUAAUGGCAAGCCGCUACAGCGAAGACUGGACUAAAAUAAGUGAAAUGCUACUUGGGCCAGUUCCUGAGUCUUUYAUGUUUCUGCCGAAGCACAAAGCGAAUUCUUAUGCUGAUAGUUCCGCGUAGAAAACGUUAAUGUGRGUAGCCGUUUAAUGUGUAAUUGGCAAGCAUAACUGGCACCUAGCCUAUAUUAUGGUGAGAAUGGUUGCUAAACCAUACAUCACAAGGCAGCCGAAGUCAAAGCGUGAAGCCGAACAAUAUUCAGGGAACGAAUAGAGGGAUAAUCUUAUUAUCAUGUACUAUUUUCCAGAUACUCAGUAUUGGCUCAUUGUAUUAAAACCGCGUAUUUAUCAACAUCAGAUAACACAUGUUGGCACUUUUAAUCUUUAGUCUCAGUCAGAAGUUACGAGUAAAAAUAAAGGGCUCCAACUAACGCUAAUCAUCCUCUAUAACGCGUCAAUACUCUAUGAGAUGACAUGAUCUAAUAUGUUUAGGUGAGAAAGGGGCCGGGAUGCAACGCCCAGUUUUUUAGCCAAAUCAUCAAAAUAAGCUUCAAGGGCCUUGGUUAACCGGCAUCCCUUUUGGGGGUUAUAUCAUUUAUGUUUGAAAAUAAAGAUUCAGCGUGCAUGAUUUAAGCAUGAAAAACUUACUCUUCUAUCAAUGGAGAUAGUAUUCAAUCAUUAUCCGAUGGAUGGAAACAGAUUGUCAGUGAAUAUCAGAACUGUCACCUCAUUUUUCACAGAUGAAAAAUCUAAAACUUAAAUCAAAGAUUUUGCUAUUAAACUCUGAAACAAGACCAUUUUUCUCAAAUUGCAUUAAAUCCCAGACRCAAUCCAAUUUAACUAGCAGUCAAAACGACACGGGCAAUUUCCUAUUCUAUCUCUUCAGGAGACUUUCGCUAAUUAGUUUAAUUUCCAUCAGACAAUUUAUAGUAUCUUUCUAGUGAUAUUGUGAUAUUG